ACAGUGCAUUAUGGGAUAUUAACGUGCUUCCAUCAAGAUGGUGCCAGAUAGAGAAAAGUACGAUCCGAGGAUGGCGGGGAUAUGAAUCGGGAUUUAAAGGAAAUCUACUAUGUUGUGAUACGCAUUUUUAGGAGUUGAGCGUUCCUGGGACUAGAUUUUUUCCAUCAAGCAACAGCAGAAAGAAGAGUUUUUCCGCUGAAAAGCCCGCCAUUUCAAACGUGGGCCAAAACCAGCCGAGUAUAUUACUUUAAGUUGGUUGACUCCAAGACAAUCCAAGAUGAUGUAUGAUAUGGAUGAAGAUGAUAACUAUGGGGAUGAUGAAGGAGAUGAAAUCACUACAGAUAUUUGGCAGGAAGCAUGCUGGAUUGUUAUCAGUUCAUAUUUUGAUGAAAAAGGACUUGUUCGUCAACAGCUUGAUUCUUUUGAUGAGUUUAUUCAAAUGUCUGUGCAAAGAAUUGUGGAGGAAUCACAACAAAUUGAAUUAGAGGCUGAAACAUCAUACCGUGAGCAAGAACUAGAGCCACCAACCAAAUACCAGUUAAAGUUUGAACAAAUUUAUCUCUCAAAACCAACACAUUGGGAAAAGGAUGGAGCUCCAAAAGCCAUGAUGCCUAAUGAAGCAAGGCUUAGAAAUUUAACGUACUCUGCCCCACUAUAUGUUGACGUCAAAAAGACAGUCAUUCGGGGAAAUCAGGAACCAGAGACUGAACUCAGCAAUAAGAUAUACAUUGGCAAGAUACCAAUUAUGCUACGGUCAACAUAUUGCAUGCUCAAUGGAUUAACAGAUCGUGAUCUUACUGAGCUUAACGAAUGCCCGUUGGAUCCCGGUGGUUACUUUAUCAUAAAUGGCUCAGAAAAGGUUUUGAUAGCACAAGAAAAGAUGGCCACAAACACUGUUUAUGUUUUUCAGAAGAAAGACUCAAAAUAUGCUUACACAUGUGAAAUUAGAUCGUGUUUGGAACAGUCAUCACGACCCACUAGCACGCUUUUUGUCUCUAUGGUCGCAAGGGGUGGCGGAAGUGCAAAGAAAAGUGCAAUCGGACAAAGAAUUGUUGCUACUAUUCCUUAUAUAAAGCAGGAGAUACCAAUCAUGAUUGUUUUUAGGGCUCUUGGCUUUGUGUCAGAUAGAGACAUCUUAGAACAUAUUAUAUAUGACUUUGACGAUCAAGAAAUGAUGGAAAUGGUAAAACCGUCCUUGGAUGAAGCAUUUGUUGUACAAGAGCAAAACAUAGCGCUGAAUUUCAUUGGCACCAGAGGGGCUACACCCGGGGCCACGAAAGAAAAGCGAAUUCAAUAUGCGAAAGAGAUCUUGCACAAAGAGAUGCUGCCCCACGUUGGAAUCAGUGAUUUUUGUGAAACGAAAAAGGCUUACUUUUUGGGGUAUAUGGUUCACAGACUUCUUUUGGCGGCACUGGGAAGACGAGAGCUCGACGACAGAGAUCACUAUGGCAACAAGCGAUUGGAUCUCGCCGGUCCUUUGCUUGCCUUCCUUUUCAGGGGACUGUUUCGCAACCUCACCAAAGAAGUCAAGAUAUUUGCUGCAAAACUCAUAGACAAAGGAAAGGAUUUUAAAAUCGAACACGCAAUCAAGACAAAAACGAUAACAGAUGGAUUACGAUAUUCGUUGGCCACAGGGAACUGGGGAGACCAAAAGAAAGCACAUCAGGCAAGAGCCGGUGUCUCUCAAGUGUUGAAUCGCUUGACUUUUGCAUCAACAUUGUCACAUUUGAGAAGACUGAAUUCACCUAUUGGACGAGAUGGGAAACUAGCAAGACCAAGGCAGCUUCACAACACCUUGUGGGGAAUGAUAUGUCCUGCUGAAACUCCAGAGGGUCAAGCUGUAGGCCUUGUGAAGAAUCUUGCCCUGAUGGCAUAUAUUAGUGUUGGCUCCCAACCUAGUCCCAUCUUAGAGUUUUUAGAAGAAUGGACUAUGGAAAAUCUAGAAGAAAUUAGUCCAUCGGCAAUUAAAGACGCCACGAAAAUAUUCGUCAAUGGAUGUUGGGUUGGUAUUCACCGCGACCCUGAGCAGCUGAUUGUAACUUUACGGAAGCUUCGAAGGCAGAUGGACAUCAUUGUGUCUGAGGUAUCAAUGGUGCGUGACAUCACAGAUAAAGAGAUUCGCAUCUACACUGAUGCUGGCAGGGUUUGCCGACCCUUGCUCAUUGUAGAAAACCAGAAACUGCUAUUGAAGAAAACUCAUAUUGACAAACUUAAAGAGAGAGAAUACGAAAAUUAUGGUUGGCAGGACCUCGUUGCUGGUGGCGUUGUUGAGUACGUGGAUGUGAACGAGGAAGAGACCGCCAUGAUAGCUAUGACUCCUGAUGACUUGGACUCAGAAACCUAUUGCUCCACCUACACCCAUUGCGAAAUUCACCCAUCCAUGAUCCUCGGUGUUUGUGCCUCUAUCAUCCCCUUUCCGGAUCAUAAUCAGUCGCCGAGGAACACAUAUCAAUCGGCUAUGGGGAAGCAAGCCAUGGGGGUGUAUAUUACCAAUUUCCAUGUUCGAAUGGACACCCUGGCCCAUGUAUUAUACUACCCACAAAAGCCAUUGGUCACGACACGUUCCAUGGAUUUCCUGAAAUUCAGCGAGCUGCCUGCAGGAAUAAACGCAAUCGUCGCGAUUUCAUCCUACACCGGUUACAACCAAGAAGAUUCCGUCAUUUUGAAUGCAUCAGCAAUCGACAGAGGGCUUUUCCGGUCCGUGUUUUAUCGCUCCUAUCGCGAUUCUGAAUCACGAAGAGGCAUGGAUCACGAAGAGGUUUUCGAAAGGCCAAACCGAGACAGCUGCCAGGGAAUGAGGAAUGCAAUUUACGACAAACUAGACGAUGAUGGUCUCAUUGCACCAGGGUCACGUGUCAGCGGAGAUGACGUCAUUAUUGGCAAAACUGUCACCUUGCCCGAAGAUGAUGAUGAGCUCGAAGGAUCAGCAAGAAGAUUCACGAAGCGAGAUGCCAGCACGUUCUUAAGAGCAAGUGAGACCGGCAUUGUUGAUCAGGUCAUGGUCACAAUCAACGAUGAAGGCUACAAAUUUUGCAAAAUCAAGGUGCGUUCAGUUCGAGUCCCACAAAUUGGUGAUAAGUUUGCUAGUCGGCAUGGACAGAAGGGAACAUGCGGAAUUACGUAUAGGCAAGAGGACAUGCCGUUUACGUGCGAGGGGAUCACACCUGAUAUUAUCAUCAAUCCACAUGCCAUUCCAAGUCGUAUGACCAUUGGCCAUUUGAUUGAAUGUCUGCAAGGAAAGGUUUCAGCAAAUAAAGGCGAAAUUGGAGACGCGACGCCAUUCAACGACGCUGUGAACGUGCAGAAAAUCUCAAAACUUUUAAAUGAGUACGGCUAUCAUUUGCGUGGAAACGAGGUGCUGUACAACGGACAUACUGGUCGCAAAAUCAAUUGUCAAAUUUUCCUUGGUCCCACUUAUUAUCAGCGCUUGAAGCACAUGGUCGAUGACAAGAUUCAUUCCAGAGCGCGUGGUCCGGUGCAGAUUUUGACAAGGCAACCUAUGGAAGGAAGAUCGAGGGACGGUGGGUUGCGAUUCGGAGAAAUGGAGCGUGACUGUCAAAUUGCACACGGUGCUGCCCAGUUUUUGAAUGAGAGGCUUCUUGCAGCCUCGGAUCCAUAUAGAGUGCAUAUUUGCAAUUUAUGUGGCCUAAUUGCAAUCGCAAACCUGAAGACAAACACGUUUGAGUGCAGGGGAUGCAAAAACAAAACACAGAUAUCACAGAUCCAAAUCCCCUACGCUUGCAAGUUGUUGUUCCAAGAACUAAUGUCCAUGUCUAUUGCGCCAAGGAUGAUGGUUGAUGUUAAAAAGUAAGAUAAACAAACAGUACAGACUUAUUAGUAUUGAAUUGCCAUUUUUUUAUAUCGUUUGCUACUUGAACUAUUUCGAUAAUUGUAGUAGAUGAGCACAAGAUACAAAGCAUAUGUAUGAUACAAAAAAAUGCGCAGCUUUUUGCUACUGUCAGA